AUGGUAAAUACAAUAUUCUGUCGUUACAAUCAACCCUGUAGCCAUAUUGUUUAUCUUCGUCUUUGCCUUGAUUGGCGCCAUCAAAUCUCCCGCUAUUUCCUUUUCUCCACCAUAAAAAGAUUCCCGCCAAAUAAUGGCCACCUGGUUCUUUCUUUCCUUUUUCCUCUCUAUCCGAAUUGUAAUCUAUCUAAGCUAUCUGUCUAUAUCCUUUCUUUUUUUUCUUUCCUUGUUUCCUUCAAUUCCGAAUCCUUACUUAUCAAUCUAUCACAAACGUCUAACCCGACAUGUGACAACAUCCAUUCUCAGUACCUUAUUUUUCUUUAUUUUCCACUUAUUCUCAUUCACCAUUCUGUGAUUUUCUUCUUCUUUACAUUAGAUUAUUUUUUUUCUUUACCGCUUCUAUUCUUUUUCUUCUUUACAGCUACCAUUCUUCUUUGCAUCACUUUUCCUUCCUUGUUCUUCUUACAUUUCGUUACCGCUUCCGUUCUUCGUUUUUCUCUUCCUUACCACUUUCCUUCUUCGUCCUUAUCGCUUUUCUUCUUUCUCUUUUUCCGUAUCGCUUUUCUUCUUCCUCUUCUUCCUUAUCACUUUUCUUCUUCCUCUUCUUCCUUAUCGCUUUUCUUCCUCCUCUUCUUCCUUAUCGCUUUUCUUCUUCCUCUUCUUCCUUAUCGCUUUUCUUCCUCCUCUUCUUCCUUAUCGCUUUUCUUCCUCCUCUUCUUCCUUAUCGCUUUUCUUCUUCCUCUUCUUCCUCCUUUUCUUCCUUUUCUUCCUCCUCUUUUCUUCCUUAUUCUUCAUAUCUUUUCUUCUUCCUCUUCUUCCUUAUCCUUUUCUUCCUCCUCUUCUUCUUCCUUCUCCUCUUCUUCCUUAUCUUUUCUUCCUCCUCUUCUUCCUUAUCGCUUUUCUUCUUCCUCUUCUUCUUAUCGCUUUUCUUCCUCCUCUUCUUCCUUAUCGCUUUUCUUCCUCCUCUUCUUCCUUAUCGCUUUUCUUCCUCCUCUUCUUCCUUAUCGCUUUUCUUCCUCCUCUUCUUCCUUAUCGCUUUUCUUCUUCCUCUUCUUCCUUAUCGCUUUUCUUCCUCCUCUUCUUCCUUAUCGCUUUUCUUCUUCCUCUUCUUCCUUAUCGCUUUUCUUCCUCCUCUUCUUCCUUAUCGCUUUUCUUCUUCCUCUUCUUCCUUAUCGCUUUUCUUCAUCCUCUUCUUCCUUAUCGCUUUCUUCUUCCUCUUCUUCCUUAUCUUUUCUUCCUCCUCUUCUUCCUUAUCGCUUUUUCUUCUUCCUCUUCUUCUUAUCGCUUUUCUUCUUCGUCUUCUUCCUUAUCGCUUUUCUUCUUCCUCUUCUUCCUUAUCCUUUUCUUCCUCCUCUUCUUCCUAAUCGCUUUUCUUCUUCCUCUUCUUCCUUAUCGCUUUUCUUCCUCCUCUUCUUCCUUAUCGCUUUCUUCUUCCUCUUCUUCCUUAUCCUUUUCUUCCUCCUCUUCUUCCUUAUCCUUUUCUUCUUCCUCUUCUUCCUUAUCGCUUUUCUUCCUCCUCUUCUUCCUUAUCCUUUUCUUCCUCCUCUUCGUCCUUAUCCUUUUCUUCUUCCUCUUCUUCCUUAUCCUUUUUCUUCCUCCUCUUCUUCCUUAUCCUUUUCUUCUUCCUCUUCUUCCUUAUCCUUUUCUUCCUCCUCUUCUUCCUUAUCCUUUUCUUCCUCCUCUUCGUCCUUAUCGUUUUUCUUCCUCCUCUUCUUCCUUAUCGCUUUUCUUCUUCCUCUUCUUCCUUAUCCUUUUUCUUCUUCCUCUUCUUCCUUAUCGCUUUUCUUCUUCCUCUUCUUCCUUAUCGCUUUUCUUCCUCCUCUUCUUCCUUAUCGCUUUUCUUCUUCCUCUUCUUCCUUAUCGCUUUUCUUCUUCCUCUUCUUCCUUAUCACUUUUCUUCUUUCUCUUUUUCCUUAUCGCUUCCCUUCAUUUGCUUUUUUCAUUUCUUCUUCUUUUUCCAUAUUUUUUCUCUUCUUCUUUCUCAAUUAUUCCCUUCUUUUUCUUUACUUGUUCUUUAUCGUUAUUCCUCCCCUUCAUUAUCCUCUCUAUCGCUUUCCUUCUUCUUAUCGCUUCCCAUCUUCUUUUUCUUCUUUAUUAACUCUUCCCUUCUUAUUCUCCUUCUCUGUCGCUUCCCUCCUCUUCCUCCUCCUCCUCCUCCUCCUUCUUCUUCUUCUUCUUCUUCUUCUUCUUCUUCCUUUCUUUCUCUUCUUCCCUACUGAGUCUUCUUUUUUAUCGUUCACGUUAUUCUCUUUUUUCCACUUCUGUUCAUCCUCUUUUUCUUCCUCGCCAUUUCCGUUCUUCUUCAUCACCAUUUCCGUCCUUUUCCUCCUUCUAUUUUUCCUCUUCUUCAAUACAUUCUUUCUUUCUUUCUUUCUUUCUUUCUUUCCCACCUCAGUUCUUUUUUCUUCUUCUUCUUCACCACUUCUCUUCUUUUUUUCACCACGUCCCUUCUUUUUCACCACUUCCCUUCUUCUUCUUCUUCUUCUUCUUCACGUCUACAUUUCUUCAUCAUUUCUCUUUUUCUUCACCACUUCCAUUUCGACCCUUUUGUACUUUUUCAGUUCUUCUUCUUCAUGCUUACUUACUAUGCUUAAUAUAAUCUACUGCAUCGCUAUAACUUGGUCCGCUCGUAGUUUUGCUGUUUUUCUUUGCAUUGCUUUUGCUGAUGCGGAGAAAGUUAAGAAUAAAAACUCCUUCGUGUCAUCCUUCAUUCUUGUUGCUACAUGGCGACCUUUGAUACAUUUUACUUUUGGUUUACUUCGUCAUUAUUUUUACUUUUCCCCUACAUCUUCUAUCUAUCUUAAUAACAUUCUUCAUUUUCAUUUCUUGCUAGACUUUCAUUCUACGCUCCAAUUUUUCUGUUUUAUGUCUGUGUUAACUUCCCUUUCAUCCUUUGUUCAUUACACUCUUUCUUCUCAAUAUUGCACAUUUCUACUUUCCCCGUCACUCUUUUUCUUGUUUCGUUCAACCACCAUUACAGGUUUCCUUCUUCGUAUUUUCUCCCUUUAUUCCUUCUCUUUUCAUUGCCAUCUAUCUAUCUAUCCAUCUAUCUAUCUAUCCAUCUAUCUAUCUAUCUAUCUAUCUAUCUAUCUAUCUAUCUAUCUAUCUAUAUAUAUAUAUAUAUAUAUAUAUAUAUAUAUAUUCUCUUUUGUAUUUCUUCUCUUUUAUUACUCCCAAUUCUUUAGUUUCCUCUUUCGCCAAUACAUUUCGCUUACUCUACCAUAUGUUGCAGCGAGCGAGAAUCGAACUUCUUUCACUUUUAUCGUUUCUUUUUACUUUCAUCAAUUUCAUUCGUUUCUUCACAUACCUUUUUCUUUCUUUCUUUUUCUCUCUCACGAUUUGAUGCUUGACAGUAAUCUGAUACUAAAUUAUUUGUUUUCUUUCUCUUUUUUUUUGUGUAUCUCUUUCUUUAUUUCAUUCUUUCACCCUUCGCAUUUUCCUCUCUUUUUUUCUUCCACUCUUUUAACUCUUUUCCCUUCUCUUUAUUUUCACUUUCACUGUCUUUUUCUGUGGGUCGCUCGCUGUAGACUCCCCCACCCACUUUUUUUUUUUUUUCACUUGUCAAUUCCUGCAAACCCCUUUUCUUUCAUUCCGUUGUUGUCACGCACUUCAUAG